AUGACCUCGGACGGAGGAGCUAAGAUACGUAAAGCCAUCGACACCGUGCAAGACAGCUUGUAUGUAGCAUUUAGCAUUGAAAAGUUGAUCGUCAGUAGCAGUGCUUCGGGUCCGUUCCUGCAACGAAUUGCCACGUUGACUGAGAGAAUUUCGUACAUGGCCUAUAAGGAUCCCGUGUUCCAAGUGCCGCCAGACAACACACUCAUCGAAAUUGAAAUCGUCAACGCCAAAAUGCUACGUUCGUUAGUAGCUGGCACGAACCGUCAUCUGACGCGACUAUACGUGGAGAACUGUCUUCUCGAUCGUAUACCACCGACACUGUCCAAUAUGAUCGAGCUCGAAGAUCUGCUCAUCGUACAGUGUGCAUUGACAGCGCUGCGCCUAGACGUACUGGUGAACAAUCCCAAACUCACUACCAUCGAUCUGACGCGUAAUCGAAUUCGUCAACUGUUUCCGAUCACCACGCCACCGAAAACCAAGCUAUCUGUAACAUCCCUGAGCUUGGUUGCGAAUCAGCUGGAACAUCUCGAUAUGUCCAUGUUUGCCUUCAUGCCAAAACUGGAACUGUUCGAUGUGCGAGGUAAUCGGAUCGUCCGCCUUGAGGCUACGGCACCAGUAACCUAUGGUUCGCUCAUCCAAAUACUUCUGUCUUCCAACAAUAUUACGCAGUUCGAUACGCGCAAUCUUACUCUUCCGGUAUUACGUUCGCUGUACAUCGACGAUAACGCACUCACCGAGCUUCCCACACAUUGGGGCAAGCUACCAAAUCUCGUUUACCUCGGGUUUGAUCGAAACUAUCUGAAACGAAUCGAUAUGAGUUUCUUUGGAAAGUUCCCAACAUUAAAUGCAAUCUUUAUCUGCGAAAACAACGUUGAAACGAUCCGAACCUCCACUCCGAUCACGAUGCCAGAGCUAGAUAUCAUGCUGUUCGAAAGCAACCAGAUUGUGUAUUAUUUAGCAUUAAGCAUUGAAAAGCUGAUCGUCAGUAGCAGUGCUUCUGGUCCGUUCUUGCAACGAAUUGCCACGCUAACUGAGCAGAUUUCGUACAUGGCCUAUAAGGAUCCCGUGUUCCAAGUGCCGGCAGAUAACACACUCACCGAAAUCGAAAUUGUUAAUGGCGUAAUGCUUCGGUCAUUAGUAGCUGGCACCAACCGUCAUUUGACGCGACUAUACGUGGAGAACUGUCUUCUCGAUCGUAUACCACCGACACUGUCCAAUAUGAUCGAGUUGGAGGGGCUGCUUAUCAAGCAGUGUGCAUUGACAGCGCUGCGUCUAGACGUGCUGGUGAACAAUCCCAAACUGACUGCCAUCGAUCUGACGCGUAAUCGCAUUCGUCAACUGUUUCCGAUCACCACGCCACCGAAAACCAAGCUGCCCGUAACGUUCCUCAGCUUGGCUGAGAAUCAGCUGGACCGUCUGGAUAUGUCCAUGUUUGCCUUCAUGCCGGACCUGGAACGGUUCAACGUGGAAGGUAAUCGGAUCGUCCGCUUUGAGUCUACGGCACCAGUAACCUAUGGUUCGCUUAUCCGACUACUCGUUUCUUCCAACAACAUCACGCAGUUCGAUACGCGCAAUCUUACUCUUUCGGAACUGCGCUCGCUGUACAUCAACGAUAACGCACUCACAGAACUACCCACACAUUGGGGCAAGUUACCAAACCUUAUUUACAUCGGAUUUGAUCGAAACAAUUUGAAACGGAUUGAUAUGAGCUUUUUUGCAAAGUUUCCAACGUUAAUUUCAAUCACUAUCAACGAAAACAACGUCGAAUCGAUCCGCACCUCCACACCGAUCACGAUGCCAGAACUGGAACAUUUGAUGUUUAAUGGCAAUCAGAUUGUGUCGGUGAAUUUUACUGGCUGUAAUUUCCCCAACAUGUACCUUUUUUCGUUCAUGAACAACCGUCUCACAACAAUUCCGCCACUGUUCCAACGUUUUCCUGAUUCGCGACUGGCAAUGGAUGGCAAUCCGAUCAAGUGUUCCAGCAUGACGGUGUUUAAGAACAAAAUCACUGACUAUAGGCUCCACGUGACGACUGGCAGUACGCAGUCCGACUGUCUCACAACUUCGUCGAUCGCACUCGAUCAAGAUCAGCUAGCUUGCUGUGACGCUUGA